AUGGUCCCAACGCACCCUGGCAGUGAGCGAAACCCGCAACCCGGAGUCACUGAACCCCCCGCGACUGCCUUGAACUCGCGGAAGCUAGCUGGCUGCCUGCUGACUCCCAUCCAUAGCCCAUCUCUCUACGGAUAUAUUUUCUUCCUCCCAGUCUCUGGCGCAUCGGCAAAGUGCGAGCUGGUCUCCUGCCUGGUCCAGCUUGUUGUCGCGUUUGCGCCGCCACCUACCCGUCGCUACAGUCAUCUGUUCUUGACACGACCGCUCCCCGAGUACACGGCAACCCGUCGAUACCAGCCUCCCGAGUCACUUUCCGCCUGCACCGACUUUCUGUGCCCCGAUUUCGCCAUUUCUCCGCUGCCUCUCGAGCGAACGGCCACCCACUAUACCGUCGUUGCCAUCCACCCCUCGCCAUUUGACAAGACCCCGCCAACAACCAACGCAUCCUCAUCACCAUUGUCCAUCAUGGCGCCUGGCACAGCUGCACCGAGCCCGAUGCCCUCUAUCCCCAAUAGAGAGGAUAUAGAGGCGACUUGGCGGUACCUCGUGCUUGGUGUGAACCGUGUCAUGAACGAUCUCCAUCAAGGUAUUGAUAUGCAGCUGUACAUGGGUGUCUACACGUGGGUUCUUGAGGCCGUUCACAACUUUUGUACCUCGCAAAAGGCUGUUGGCCUUGGCGGUCCAGCUAUGCAUUCGAACCACCGCGGCGCUCAUCUACUCGGUGAAGAGUUAUACCACAAGCUCAUCGCCUACCUUAAGGCUCAUCUCGAGGAUCUCCACGAACAGUCGAAAUCACAUACCGAGGAGGCGCUACUGGCCUAUUACAUCAGAGAAUGGGGCCGUUACACUAUUGCUGGCAAGUAUAUCCAUCACUUGUUCCGCUAUCUCAAUCGCCAUUGGGUCAAACGCGAAAUCGAUGAGGGCAAGAAAAGCAUCUACGAUGUCUACACCCUACACCUCGUCGAGUGGCGCAAAGUCCUAUUUGCCAUGGUCUCUGAAAAGGUCAUGGACGCUGUGCUCAAGCUUGUCGAGAAGCAGCGAAACGGAGAGACGAUUGAACAUGGCCAGAUCAAGCAGGUGGUGGACUCGUUUGUGUCCUUAGGACUUGACGAAGCCGAUCCUUCCAAAUCCACCCUCGAUGUGUACAGAUUUCAUUUCGAAAAGCCCUUUCUAGACGCUACCAACGCAUUUUACCAAGCCGAAUCGAAGCAAUUUGUCGCCGAGAACAGCGUUGUGGAAUACAUGAAGAAGGCAGAGGCGCGCUUGGCAGAGGAAGAGGAGCGCGUUAGCAUGUACCUGCACCAGGAUAUUGCUGUCCCCCUCAAGAAGGCUUGUAACCAAGCUUUGAUUGCUGAUCAUGCCGAUCUAUUACGUGAUGAAUUUCAAGUGCUCCAGGACAACGAUCGCGAAGAAGACAUGGCUCGCAUGUACAACCUUCUCGCCCGUAUUCCCAACGGUCUUGAUCCUCUGCGAGUCAAGUUCGAGAACCAUGUGCGCAGGGCUGGACUGGCUGCGGUGCAAAAGAUUCAAUCAUCCGACGGCGAUAAACUUGAACCCAAGGUCUACGUCGAUGCCCUGCUUGAAAUACACACCAAGUAUCAGGCAUUAGUCAAAAACGCCUUCAACGACGAGCCAGAAUUUACUAGGUCACUUGACAAUGCCUGUCGAGAAUUCGUUAACCGGAACGAAGUCUGCAAAACGGGAUCCAACAAGUCUCCGGAGCUUCUCGCAAAGUACACCGAUGUACUCUUACGCAAGAGCAACACCAGUCUGGAAGAUGCUGAUCUGGAGCGUACACUUACGCAGCUGAUGACUGUUUUCAAAUAUAUCGAAGACAAAGAUGUCUUUCAAAAGUUCUACGCUCGCAUGUUGGCAAGGCGUCUCGUCCAUGCCAACUCGUCUUCAGAUGAUGCUGAGACCAGCAUGAUCAGCAAAUUAAAGGAAGCUUGCGGCUUCGAGUAUACGAACAAGCUACAGCGCAUGUUCCAGGACAUGCAAAUCUCCAAGGAUCUGAACCGAGACUUCCGCGAGCAUCUCACUGGAAUUGAGAGCCAAAAGACGAUUGAUUCGACAUUCUCAAUCCUAGGCACCGGGUUUUGGCCGCUGCAAGCCCCUAGCACACACUUUCAGCCUCCUGCGGAAAUUGGCAACGAAAUCGAAAAGUUUUCUCGCUUUUACAAGCACAAGCAUGAUGGCAGGAAGCUGACAUGGCUUUGGAAUCUUUGCAAGGGUGAGAUCAAGACGGGGUAUUGCAAGAACAGCAAAACGCCAUUUACCUUCCAGGUCUCAGUCUAUCAAAUGGCUAUCCUGCUUCUGUUCAACGAGCAUGAUUCCUACCUCUAUGAGGAUUUGCUGACCACAACGUCACUGAGCGCCGAGGUGCUUGACCAAGCUCUCGCUGUCAUUCUCAAGGCCAAGGUUCUACUCGUUGCUGGUGGCGAGAAGCCCGGUCCUGGCAAGACAUUCAAUCUCAACUAUGACUUCAAGAGCAAGAAGAUUCGUGUGAAUUUGAACUUGGGAGGUACCAAGGAGGCCAAGCAGGAAGAGGCUGAGACCAACAAGACUAUUGAGGAAGACAGAAAGCUUCUGCUACAGUCUGCUAUUGUGCGAAUCAUGAAGGCCCGUAAAAAGAUGAAGCACUCACAGCUGGUGAGUGAAACCAUCAACCAGAUUCGCACACGCUUCGUGCCCAAAAUUGGAGACAUCAAGAAAUGCAUAGAGAUUCUGCUAGACAAGGAGUAUCUCGAGCGUCUAGAGGACGAUGAGCUUGGGUAUCUUGCAUAA